AUGGACGCCAUACCAGCUUUGGAGGAGAUCCAGAAAGCAGUCCAACUCUUAUCCAGUGGCAAAGCAGCUGGUUCAGACUCCAUCCCCACUGAGGUCUACAAAGAAGGUGGUGUGGUCCUGAUAGAGAAACUUCACCAGUUCUUUCAGCUCAUCUGGCAGCACAAGACAGUACCAAAGGACUUCAAGGAUGCCUCCAUCAUACACCUCUACAAAAGCAAAGGAAACCGCCAAGCCUGCGACAAUCAUUGUGGAAUCUCCCAGCUGUCCAUCACAGGGAAGAUCCUGGCGAGAGUUCUGCUGAACUGCCUCAUUGAUCACCUUGAGCAAGGCCUCUUACCUGAGAGCCAGUGUGGCUUCUGGAAAGAACGUGGGACCAUCGACAUGGUGUUUGCUGCCAGACAGCUACAGGAGAAGUGUCAGGAACAGAACACCGACCUCUACUCCACCUAUGUCGAUCUCACCAAGGCUUUUGAUACUGUUUCUAGAGAAGGCCUUUGGAAAAUCAUGGCGAAUGACUGCUCUUUCCAUUCUGUGUCACCAGAAGAUGCCCCGGAGAUAAACUUUUUAAAGGAAUACAUUGCCUGGCCUGAAACACCAUCAUUAUCAUCUGAACUUGUUCUAAAUGACACCAGUGAUCCUGCUCACAGCACUUUCACCAUUCUCCCAAGGAGCAAAGGAGGAAGUUGGCAUGUAGGGGAUCAACUGAUGGUCUUGAUAAAAAUGCAUGACUUCCAAGGUCUACCUAAGAAGUCAGGGGGAGAUUUCUUACUUGCUCGGAUGCACAACCAUGGUCUUCUUGCAGGUGUGGCAGGACAAGUGUUCGAUCAUCACAAUGGAUCUUACAUUGCUGUUUUUCCUAUACUCUGGGAAGGAACUGCAGAGGUUCAGGUGACCCUUGUUCACUCCAGUGAAGCAGUCACCUUGUUGGAUAAAGUGACCCAAGAGCAGCCUGACAGAGCAUAUUCUCUAAGUGUUUUCCGCUCCGGCUCCAUCACAGAAACUGUGACAUGUAAUGUGUGCCUUAAGGGUCCCAAAGAGAAGCUGUGCAACUACACUGAUCUUCACACAGGGGAGCCCUGGUUCUGCUACAAACCAAAGAAACUAAACUGUGACACUAGGAUCACCCAUGCCAGAGGAGGAUUCACAAAAAACAUAGAACCUUUGGAAAAUCAGCUCUUUCAGCAGGGUGUCAACAUGAAAGUCUCCAUUCCGGCAUCAGGACCAGCUAGCAUCAACAUCUUGCCAAAAAUAAAAGGUGAAACCAAUGAAAGCAUGAAGACUACUGCUGGUUAUUACUACCAGGGCAUAUGGAGAGCAUUGGAUGGCACCACAGUUCAUCAGUUUAACAAUGCUGCAGCAAUAAGCCAGUGUCUAAAAGGGAAGAUGGUCCACUUUUACGGAGAUUCCACUGUCAGGCAAUGGUUUGAAUAUUUAAUUGCAAAAACACCAGAUCUCAAGGCGUUUGACCUGAAAGGUCCACCGAGAGCAGGACCUUAUAUGGCCUUGGAUUUUAAAAACAACAUCUUAGUGACAUACCGCUGCCAUGGUACUCCUAUCUUUUUCACUCCCAUGCCAGUCAGUGAGACACGUUAUAUUACCAGUGAAUUGAAAAAUGUGGUUGGAGGCACCAACACUGUUAUAGUUAUUGGUAUCUGGGCACACUUCACUACCUUCCCUGUCGAGGUGUACAUUCGACGUUUACUUAACAUAAGGAGGGCAGUGGAGCUAUUGUUGAGCAGAGCUCCAGGUACACUGAUCAUCAUUAGGACUGGUAAUCCCAAAACGCUGAAAGCUUCUGAGACACGGAUUGCCAGCGACUGGUAUUCCUUACAGCGUGAUAAGAUCCUCAGAGCAAUAUUCAAAGGGGUGAAAGUACGAAUGGUAGAUGCCUGGGAGAUGUGCUUGGCCCAUCACCUGCCACACAGCCUCCACCCACAGCCUCCCAUAAUAAAGAAUAUGAUGGAUGUGGUUUUGUCCCACAUAUGUUCCCCUGUCCGGCGCGUGGAUGACGUCAUGCACACUCCGCCGAACAGCUCCAAAUGA